ACAUCUUCAUGUUUAAUAUCAGGGGUCUCAAUGUUUCAUAGGAAUUCGUAAAGGCUUGAUCAUAUUUACCAUCGAAUGGUCAAGAAUUGGGCUGCAUGAUGUUGGAAAAAACUGAUAUUUUGUUUUUCUGCGAUAUGAAAACAAUUCACCAGAUCAGUUGAAUAGUUCUAUUUGGAAAGAAUUAAUUAUUCUAAAAUUAUUCAGGUGAUUUUGUAGGGGAGUAAAUCUGCAUGAAAAAUAAACAUAUAGUUAAAUACAAUAGAACAAACAGUGCUUUGUUUUUCAGGUAAGUCUAACAGAAUUUGAAUUAUGUAAAAUAACACUGCAAAGUCUGUACUGUAUAAAUGAAAUAUAAUUAACCGUUGUUCAAGCUACAAAAGUAAUUUUGUCUUUUUUCUUUUGUUUGAUUAACAUUAAUGACAAACGGCAGCAGGAUUAUAGGCUGCUGUUACUUUAAGAUCUAAUGCACUGAUCUAUACGCAUCCGUUUUAUUUCUCAAUUGUUUACGUUCACUUAAGAACUAUGAUCCCAUACUUGACAUCGCACAUCCAGCGAUGUGACUAUCGUGGAUGUGCGCAUCAUGAUGUCGAAGUAAAAUGAUACAUUGUGCAGCCUUGGUGAAGAAAGAGGGACCAUGUGAUACAAGAAUGAUGAUGAAAUAAAACUUCCAAACAUUCACUAAAUUUCAACCCUACAUGAAAUUCACCGAUAUUUUUCUGCCAUCAGGUGAAAUUUCUGAUCAUGCCGAUUCCCAUUGAGAUGAAUGAAUUUUGCCUGUGUAAGACUAAAUGUGACCAAGCCUUAAGAGGUUUAGAGGAACUUAACAAAAUAUAUGCUGAAAUAAGGAGAAAAGGCUGUUGUACAGGAAGAGAAUUCAGAUGCUUAAGAUGCUCGACCUUCUGCAAACUGUGGAGGUUCUGGCUGGUAUGGGCCAUCAUCUUCAUCCUGAGCUGCUGCUGUGUGUGUCAUCACCGUCGCACAAAACACAGACUGCAACAGCAACAACGACAGCACGAAAUCAACCUCAUUGCCUACAGAGAGGUUCACAACAACACCUCUCUCCCCUUCUACUUCAGAUUCCUACCCAACUAUCUUCUUCCAGAAUAUGAGGAGGUAGUGCAUCGGCCUGCUACGCCCCCUCCCCCAUAUAGUGCCUUAAACACCGGACCUCCAGUCUACACCAGCCCCCUAACCACUGACCAACAAGAUGUGCAAUGCCCACCCAGACAGAUCACUCCAGUGCCCCCUGUAUCUGACACGCUCUGUUCCAGACCCAGCCUAGAAGAGAUCCAUACCUCUAACGGGUACCACCAGAAAGACAACAGCAAGAGCGAGAUAGAGUUAGAGCGAAGCAGGUCCACAGAGAGUGCCCUGCCCUUAGAGCAGCCUCCCAGCACGGACAAACAGAACGAGUGCAGGAAGGAGAUGCUCAGCAAUGUGGCAAUGCCUGACGAGAAAGCGAGGAUUCUGGGAAGGCACCGCAGAUUUACAGGGGACUCCGGGAUUGAGGUGUGUGUAUGUGGGCGAGGCUUGAAAAACCAUGAACCCAAAGAAUUCGAGGGGCUUUUGAGUGAGGAGGACCAAGAGGACUCUGAGGACUUCUGUGAGGAAUGUGGCCUCAAUUCCUUCAGAGAGGAAAAUCAGGGACUGCUAUCCCCAGAAAACAGAGUGGAGUGUGGAGCAUCACCACUGGCCCAAUCUCAACCUCAUCCGGUUUGCCUCUACUUGCAUACUAUUAAUGAACAAGAGGGUAGCAGCACAGAAUCUUAAAGCUGAAUACAUAACCUGACCAGUAAAAAAGAGUGAGUUGGUGAAAGAAAACGUGAGAGGAUAACUGAUAUGUAGGGAAGCUGCAGUAUGCAGUGGAGGAGCAUACUGAUGGAAGUAUGUGAUGGAAACAUUUAGAUGUUCUCCACAUCUUUGUUUUAUGUACAGAGCAUCUAUUUAUGCAGUUGAAAGCCCAAAUGUGUACAAGGAUGGGCUCUACACCUCCAUGGGGUGAUGUACCAUAUGUGCUGCUUUAAUGGCGCGUUUAAGUCCUCCUGUGAGGUUCGUAUUUACGAACUGAGAAGUCGUAAUGACUAUGGCAGUGUGUUCGAAACUUCAUGAUCGUAAAUACGAUCUUUCAGACAUGACUUGUAGGCACCAUAAGACACAUCCACCAUGUAAAGAUGCGGUCACAUUUACAGUUGCUCUGUGAAAUUUCAUUUCAAUAGCAAUCUGUGUGAUCAGAAGUUUUGCGUAAGGACGAAAAAGUUCCCCACAACAGAUUCUGCUUUUAUUCAAGGCGGACGCGUGAAUUUGCUGUGAUUCCCAGCAGAAAGCUGCUUGGUUUUAAAGUUUCUUCUGUGUUUGCUGUGCUUUGUACAUCGCUACACUAUUGCCAACGGAGCUUUUUUUUGCCAGUGAACUUUAGCUGAAAUUUUGCUAAUGUGACCGUGUCUUAACUUUGUAGUUAGUAGGAUUGAGACGCUAAAUACGUAAACACUGGUGUGCUGAACUAUCAGUGUUUCAGGACAGUCAGAGAGAAAUGUAAAAACUGACAGGACACCAAAAAAAAAAAAAAAAAAGACGUGCUUUUAAGGCCACAAAUCCCUGUCGACUUUCCCCUAAUGUAAUGGGACAAAUAUUAAUGCUGUUUAUUACGUUUUUGUUUUGCACAAUCACAUUCUUCUGAAUGAAUCAUAUUCAUGAUAAUUAAUUUUAAAUACAAAGUAUUUACAUACCAACAGUCUUAAUUCACAUUUCGUCUGUUUAUAUUGUCUUUCUUUUGUUUUUGCUGCUGUAAGCUCUGAUUUAAUGUGUAUUCAGAACAAGUUUGAUUCAUAAAUAUAAGUUUUCAUAGCCAACGUAGGCUAUACAGAUGACAUGGGACAAAUAUUAGCAUUAACUUGGAGCUUGAAAGUGUUGCAUUAUUACUAACUGAUUGCAUACGAGCACUACAUGAUGUAUGUUCCUUUGAACCUGUAGGGAUAAAAGCCUUGCCAAAGGGAGUGGAAGUCAGUUGAAAGUCAGUUCUUAUAGGUGCUUAAUCCAUUGAUGUAAGCUGCAAAGUAAAAUAAACUAUUUUCUCACUGAAACAUUUUUAAGUGAACUCCAAAGACAGAAAUGUUUUGAUAUUUUUAAAAUGAUAAUAUAAAUAAUUAUAUUUGUAAAAUGUGUCUUGAUGAGAUUGAUGCUAAAUGACACAUAUGGGUACAGAUAUGAUAAGGCUGUAUGGUGUAACAUGAAUUGCCUCUUAAUUCUUUUUGCACUCUGUUACAACCACUCUUGCCAAUUGUCCAGUAUCAUCUUGGACAUUAGCCUAAUAGAAUAUAUAUAUAUAUUUUUAUGUAAAUGCUUUUCCUCAUGAAAGCUCAAAAUCUGUGCCUUUUAAUUUUCACAUCAUGUACUUUGGUAACCAUUCAAAGUGCCUUGAUUUUUCUGUUCAUAUGCAAACUAAUGAGCCAUACAUAUGUGAUUAUAAAAUGAUUUAUUUUUGUAUUUCUGCACCAUAGCUUCAGUUUCAAGUUUUUCCAUGACCACUGAAGCACUCUCUUAAAACUCUAAUUUAUUUCACUGCCCUAAUGAAUGUUUGUGGUAAAGAGAUGUGCUGCUCUUACUGUGUCUCUGUGAUGACAAUCUAAUGUUAGAGCUAUGCUUGGAGAUGAAUACAUAUCAAUCAAUCAAUCAGUCUCUUUCUCUGAUAUAUUAAUAAGCUGCUGAUUUUCAGAAAGUUAUAGAUGCUCGCUCUGAUGCAUCGCGCGCAUCUCACGUUAGACUUCCAAUAUGAUGUCAUGUACAGCCUACAGUUCUUUUGUCUAACAUUGCAAUCAUCUAAUGAUAUGAGUUCUGGCGCAGUUCUUUUUGUAUCUGUUUAUCUUUUGUUAUGCAAAAAACCUAAUCAUGACACUGUCCAUUAAACUCAAAUCAACACAA